CAACAAGUUUCAGCGGCUGGGCCAAGUAGCGCGUGUGUGGAUGUUCAUACGCGAAUUAGUAGUUUCUUAGGAAAAGAUGGUGGCUAACUGAAGACAACAAAGGUUAGACGUGUCGAAAAAGGAGUCUAACUCUCGGUGCUGUCCUUUAAAUAUCUUUCCAGCAUCGACAGUACUCCGGAGUUUCCACCAGAACCAGUUUUCCUGAUGAAAUUAUGAAAUUAAGGAAUUUUGUAUUCGUUUUUUUGAUCGUGGUUACCGUUUCUUUGGAUGUAGUGUUCGGUGCAGCAUGCAAAGGCUGUAAUGCUCCACCAUGUGUUUGUGCGGGACAGAAAGGUUAUGAGGGUGAAGCUGGACUAAGAGGGGUGAGAGGACCCCCUGGCAUGCCUGGAUUUCUGGGACCUGAAGGACCUAUUGGGCCCAAGGGUAGAAAUGGUGAUGACGGAAUUGAAGGGACUAUUGGACCCAAGGGGACCAGGGGUCAAGAGGGAUUGGCUGGAUUCCAUGGAAACCCUGGUGCGCCUGGAUUGAAAGGGUUAGAAGGCCCUGCUGGAUCUCAAGGCUACCAAGGAUGCAAUGGUACAAAGGGAGUGGCUGGCAAAGACGGUAGACCAGGUAUACCUGGACCUCAGGGACGGCGAGGUUUAGAUGGACUUGACGGGUUAAAGGGUGAGCCUGGCGAUGGCCAACUGCUAAUUCCAGGCCCGAAAGGCCAAUCUGGAGAACCAGGACCCACCGGAACACAGGGCCAGCCUGGAUACCGCGGGUUGCCUGGAAAUAGGGGCUAUGAUGGUAAUCCAGGAUAUCAGGGAGAACCAGGAUUAGAUGGCUUGCCUGGUUCCAAAGGAGACAUGGGGGAGGCAAGGCAUGGACUUCAGGGGGAGCCGGGUGAGGCAGGAUAUCCUGGUCUCCCAGGUCCUCCCGGCAAACCGUCUGCUGAAGGUGUUCCUCCUGAGGACAUCAUAGUAGGACCUGAGGGCGAGCCUGGUGUAUCGGGACUGCCAGGCCAAGAUGGACUCCGAGGUCUGCCCGGUGACAUCGGCGAAGAUGGAAGAAAGGGUCCAUUGGGUCCAAAAGGAAUGAAGGGAGGCUCUGGCUACCAAGGCAGAAGGGGUAAGCGUGGAAAGGACGGUCCUGCUGGAGCAUUUGGUCCUAAAGGAAUGAUAGGCGAACAGGGACGUGUUGGAAUCAGUGGCUUCAAAGGAGUAAAGGGGUUCCGAGGCGACGCAGGAUUUCAAGGCCGACGAGGUGACGCUGGACGAAGGGGCUUACCAGGAGAGAUUAUUGGCUCCGGGGAAGGACGUCCUGGACCCAGAGGUUUCUCCGGAGAUCCUGGAGUCAUAGGACCUAAAGGUUUCCCAGGUCAGGAUGGACCAACAGGACAGCAGGGAAGACUUGGACCUGUUGGACCUCCAGGUCCAGAUGGCCUUCCAGGUCUAAGGGGACCCCAAGGAUUCUCUGUGAAGGGUGACCAAGGAAUUCCAGGUAAUCCUGGACCUGACGGUCUGCCUGGAAGUUUUGGACUUUCUGGACAGACAGGAACCAAAGGGUUUACGGGUGAGCCUGGUCGUGAUGUUGUUGGCCUGCCUGGUUUACGUGGACGACCUGGUCGUGACGGUUUACCUGGACUGGCUGGUUUCCCCGGCAGCAAUGGAAUUGCUGGUAUUCCAGGUUUUCCUGGUAUUGGUCGAGAUGUUACUGGACCACAGGGAGCGAGAGGCUUGGAAGGAGAUCGUGGGGCUCCUGGAGUUAAUGGAUUAGAUGGUCUUGAUGGUGAAGUUGGUUUCAAGGGUGGAAGGGGUGCUGACUGUGGAAUUUGUCAAGAUGGACUUCCCGGCCUGAAGGGAGAGAUUGGCAAUGAUGGUCUACCAGGUCUGCCUGGUUUUGAUGGACCUCCUGGACAAGAAGGUUUAAAGGGAGAGGCUGGUAUGCGAGGACUUCCAGGAUUAGCUGGGUUUAAAGGUCGAAAGGGGGCCAUUGGUCCACCAGGUUUCACAGGAAACAAGGGUAUAAAGGGGGAUGGUUGGGACAUAAAUGAAUUUACACAGAAACCCAAAGGAAUGGUUGGUGAUCCAGGCUAUGAUGGGCCCCAAGGACAGGACGGUACUCCAGGAUUACCUGGGGAGAGAGGAACAGUUGGGUAUCCCGGUGCACAGGGGAUGAAGGGUGAUAUGGGAAAGCCAGGAAUUGAUGGUUUAGAUGGAAUCAAUGGUAUGAAAGGCUCCAGGGGUGCAAAGGGAAAUCCAGGGGAUUCCUUCCCAGGAUUUCCCGGACAGCAAGGAGAGAAGGGAUUCGCUGGUAUCCCAGGAAAUAAUGGAGCUAAGGGAGUUUUUGGUUUCAAAGGAGAACCAGGUUUGCCUAUACUAUUCCCUGGAAUGAAAGGUGAUGUAGGAGAACCUGGGAGAUCAGGUAUAGAUGGCAUGCAAGGGUUUCCAGGUCGGAAAGGUAUGACUGGAGAGCAGGGGCAGGACGGGCGUGUCGGAUACUCGGGUGAACCAGGCGUCGUGGGCGAAGAUGGUAGGAAUGGAAUUAUUGGUGAGAGAGGACGGGUCGGACCUAAGGGUUAUUCAGGAUUACCAGGGCCGUCGGGUCUUGAUGGAAUCCCAGGACAGCAAGGCCGGAGGGGAGAGGAUGGAAGUGAUGGCCUGCCUGGAUUCCCUGGAGAGCCGGGUUUCCCUGGUAACCCACCAGAUAGCCUGUUACCAGGGAUUCCAGGAGAACCUGGGCUACCAGGUUUCCCUGGAGAGGACGGAUUCUCUGGAGAGAAUGGUCGAGUUGGUUUCCCAGGAUUGGAGGGUGUCAAAGGAGAAAAAGGAUUUGCUGGUGAACCGGGUCGCCCGGGCAGUCCCGGUCCCCGUGGUCCCCAAGGUGAAGAUGGCCUGCCAGGGAUCAGAGGUCAGACUGGAAGUCGUGGACGUGAAGGACAGAAAGGUUUCCGCGGAUUGAAUGGAUCCCCAGGUGACAGCGGUCUGCCUGGACAGAACGGUGUGGAAGGAGAGCGAGGUGUUACAGGAAGGCCAGGACUACCCGGUGCACGUGGAACUGAUGGAUUUACUGGACAACGGGGAGAACGAGGACUGCAGGGACUUCCUGGCCUAGCAGGUUUAAAGGGCUUCAAGGGAGAUAUGGGUGGAGCUGGCAGUCUUGGACGAGCUGGAUUACCAGGGCUUCCAGGUCUCAAAGGUGGCAGGGGUAGCGUGGGGCCUGCAGGGUUUGCUGGUGUUCCCGGUGCUGCAGGAGUGUACGGACGUAAAGGAGAGACUGGGCCUCCGGGACCGGACGGCUUCCCGGGUAUAGAGGGGCCACCUGGUUUGCCCGGGUUUCCUGGGCUGACUGGUGACCCAGGACCAAGAGGACUACCUGGAGCCCCCGGUUUGGAUGGUCUGAGAGGGGGUAAUGGCCUCAAGGGUCAAGCUGGUGAUAUUGGCAGCUCUAGACCAGGCGAGAACGGUCGCCGUGGGAGACCAGGAGACAAUGGUUUACCUGGCCUGGAUGGACUGAGGGGACCUAAGGGACAGGCAGGUGAAAUGGGACGCCCAGGAUUUGAAGGGUUUAAGGGAGAAGCAGGGUUUAAUGGAAUAAAUGGCGAGACUGGGCGUACAGGCAGUCCUGGCCUGAAGGGAGGACAAGGUGAUGAUGGCCUUCCAGGAAUUGGUGGACUGAAAGGAGCAAAGGGACAAGGAGGAGCCGCCGGAUUCCCAGGAGAAAGUGGGGCAGUCGGAGCUCCAGGAGGUGUUGGGCCGGCCGGAGAGGAUGGAUCUUAUGGUAACCGUGGUGACCCUGGUUUCUCAGGAAAUCCAGGACUGGACGGUCUCAAUGGAGCACCGGGAGUAGAUGGUGACCGUGGUUUAGACGGUGUACCUGGUCUGAGUGGGCUGCCAGGACAGGACGGCCUUCCAGGUGUGACUGGAGAACGUGGACAAGUUGGAGUGCCAGGAAGUGACGGGUUUGAUGGUAUCCCUGGAGAACCAGGACGCCCUGGUGAUGCUGGUUUGGAUGGUUUUCCUGGUGAACGAGGAGAAGACGUUAUUUUUGGUGACAUCGGCCCCAGGGGAGAUGCUGGACAAACUGGAGCAGAUGGCUUCCCAGGAGAAAAGGGGCCAGUAGGGACCCCGGGACUCCCAGGGUUCCCUGGACUAAAGGGGAUGAAGGGAGAGGGUGGAUUUUCCUAUCCAGGAGAGGCAGGAGCUAGGGGAGCACCAGGAGAGGCAGGAUUUGACGGUUUCGAUGGACAGAAUGGUUUUGCUGGGCGACCAGGUCUUAGUGGUUUAGCAGGGAUGAAAGGUGAUCGUGGUCCUGACGGCAUUUCCGGAGAAGAAGGUCGCAUCGGAGACCAAGGACGAGCAGGAAUAAAUGGGCUCCCAGGCUUGAGUGGUUUACCAGGAUCGAAGGGAGAACCUGGUUUCCAAGGGUACCCAGGAGAGAAUGGUGCCGUCGGAUUUCCGGGCGAAGAUGGAUACCCUGGACUCAACGGACUCUCCGGACAACGUGGAUUUGAUGGGUUCAAAGGGCAGACUGGAGAGCCUGGUCCAGUGGAUUUCACCCAACUUCCACGGCCUCCUAAAGGACAGAAGGGUGACACUGGUGUCCCAGGAUUCUUUGGGGAGAGUGGUCGUCGGGGAUCGCCAGGUUUUGAGGGAAGGCCUGGUCAGUCGGGCAACAAGGGAUCACCUGGGCUGAAUGGUCUGCCUGGUCUGAAGGGAAUGAAGGGAAACCAGGGGGAGGAUGGUAUUAUUGGAGAGUCUGGACGUAAUGGAUUCCCAGGCUCUGUGGGGCAGCAGGGACUGUCUGGACGACCGGGUUCUCUGGGUUCCUCGGCAGGAUUCUACUUCUCAAUGCACAGUCAGACAUCCAUCACGCCAGAAUGUCCGGAGGGAACCUUCAAGAUGUGGGAUGGGUACUCCCUGGUACAUGUGAUCGGGAACAGUCGGUCUCACGGCCAGGACCUCGGCUCACCUGGCAGCUGUCUGCGGCGCUUCAGUACAAUGCCCAUCAUGUUCUGUAACAUCAAUAACGUGUGUAAUGUGGCCGCCAGGAAUGACUACAGCUACUGGCUGGCCACGGAGGAACCCAUGACCCCCAUGAUGGAGCCCAUCACUGGACCGCCACUACAGAACUACAUCAGUAAAUGUUCUGUCUGUGAGGCUCCCUCAGAGGUGGUAACAAUCCACAGUCAGACAGUACAGAUCCCGAAUUGUCCAGUCGGCUACAGGGGCAUGUGGAUCGGCUACAGCUUCCUUAUGUCCACUGGAGCAGGUGGGAUGGGAGCCGGACAGAGUCUCCAGUCUCCUGGAUCAUGUCUCCGCGAUUUCCGCUCGGCUCCAAUCAUCGAGUGCCACGGCAAGGGCACAUGUAACUACUAUGCCACAUCAUUUGGCUACUGGUUAGCUACACUUCUGCAAGGAGAUAUAAACUCGUUUUCACAGCCUGUACCAGAAACCAUCAAAGCUGGUAGUCUUAGAAACCGAAUCAGUCGCUGUCAAGUCUGUGUGAAGGUAUAGGGAGCGUUGUGAUUCAUCAAACUUAAUUUCUAAUGUUGCUUAAUUAUACUUGGGCAGGUCAAAAUGUUGAUAAAUUUACAAGGUUAGAAUUGAUUAUAUACAAAUUUUAAAACCCAGAUUUGUGUAAUGACUUUUUAAAAGAUGUUUUUAAUUGUUUUUGUCUGCCAAAGAAUGUUUUAGACAAUACCUGUUUAUACAAUAUAUUAUUGAUUAUUGCCUCGUCUCUAUGUCCCUGGAUUGUGAAUUUCUUCACAAUACAGUUUUGUUCAUGCAUAUAGGAAACUUCUUCAGUAAGCAAAUCAUAUGAUCAAACAUUUUUUUUAUGAACAAACUACAUAAUUUUAAUAAUUUCAUGACGAAAAUGAUCUUUAAAAGUCUUAUGUAUAUUUUGCUGUAUGUUUUUCAUGUGAAAAGAUUUCUAUUUGCCUUAUUCAGAAACACUGAAAUGUUUUGAAGUUUCUGACCUGAGUAUCCACAAUGGAUUCCCCUAACUUUUGAUUAGGAAUAAUCUAUUUUUGAUAAUAGGGGUUGGAAGGAGGUACUCCUACCUCUCACCACUAAUUUUGCAAAAUGGGUUCUUCCUGUCAAUGAUUAGGAGGAUGUCAUUUUGGAGAAAGGGGAAGAAGGGGUUAAUUAUGUACUACUGAUUUCAUGAUGGUGCUAGCCUGUAUGUAGAUAUAGCUGUGUAUGUACCAGUACUCAGUCUUACCUAGUCUUUUAUAUUGUUUGUGUAUGAAAGGAAUAUUGUGUGAAGCAAAGGAACAGCAAAACAAAUCACUAAUGUGUGUUCCUCAAUGUCAAAUUAACUUUAAGGUCCUGAAAAUGUUUGCUGUGAAUGGGCAAUAUAUGGUUAUCAAUCAUAAAGUUUCUAUGCAAUGUCCCUUAGGUAGGUGUUAGACUUUGGUUCUGUUUCGUCAUUUUCAGAUCAGUGCCAAAUAUAUAUGUAAGAUAUUUUGGAAUUAAGAAAUGUAACAUUUUGAGGUUUAAGAUGUAAUUUAAUUGAAAGAAUUUUGAUAUUUUUUUCUUUUCUGUAAAAUAAUUGAUAUACACAAAAAAAGGAAUUUAUUCAUUGACAUUCUAGCAAUGUCAGCAUCAAUCAGAGAGCUUCCAAAACAUGUUGUCAUCAUUCUCAGCCUGAUAUAUUUGUAGAAUAAAAGUUUAUGUUUGCAGUUCUUGGUUAACAAUGAUGCCAUUCCAAGGGGACAGUUAUGAUAAUAUCUGCUCAUUUUGUUGACAAUAAAUUUCAAAGAUAACUUUCCUCUUGUAAGGUUAAAAAGAUGAGUAAUGUAAUUGAGGGAGUUUGACCUUGAAGAGGAGAAUGACCUUUAGCAAGCAAGUGUACCCCAACCAAGAACCCCAAACAUAAACGUGAAUUGACAUUUGACCUCUAUUUCACCCUUUGAACAGGCCAAACUGUGGCCUGAUCUUGGUGGUUUUGGUAAGAAAAGGGAUGUCAAUGUGUAGUGUUUCAGUGUGAAUCAGUGAACUAUAUGUUAGCAGGUUCAUAGUCUACACAUUUAUGCGAUACUAUUCAAGUGAGUAUGGAAACAAAUUGUUCUUUACAGUAAAAGCAUUAGCUUACACUUGGCAAACUUUACAUGUCAAAUUGUGAUUUGUUUAGGCUUAAAUAAAAAUAUUGAAUUUAAGUAAA